CGGCCACCACUAGCGACGCUAUCGCCAGUCAAACUGCCAUCCCUAGUGCUGGGCAAACAAAUUCAUUUGAAAAAGAACUGCAUUUUUGUGGUUAAAAUAGUGCGAAAUAAAGUGAAGAACCAUAGAUGUGCUCGUAUAAAGUGCCCCCUGCAAUCCUCUAAAAGCAUCCAGAGAUCCUAGACGAGAUCGCCGAGAUGUCCUCCUACUUUGGCGUCUACAUUCCGCCCACGAAGAUCGGCUUCGAGGGUACGGCGACCCAGUGCGCUGGCUCCAUAGCAGCGUUGAACAUUAAGACCGGACCACCAGUGGUGGCGAUAUCAGUUCCAGUGUCAGUGCCAGUGUCAGGCUCAUCCGAUCCGGUGGACUUGGCCGGUGAUUCUGGCGCUGAAAAUGCUGAUGCCAAUGCCGGAAAGUACGAGGAUCCGGACUAUCCACCCGACUCGCCACUGUGGCUAAUCUUCACGGAGAAAGCAAAAGCCCUGGACGUCCUGCGGCAUUAUAAGGAGGCCCGCCUGCGGGAGUUCCCCAACCGGGAGCAGGCCGAGAGCUACGUUCAGUUUGGAUUCGAGAGCAUCGAGGCGCUUAAGCGUUUUGGAAAAACCAAGCCAGCCACUACCAAACCCAUUGCUUUGCCCAGCAACAACAGCUACAAGAGUUCGUCGUCCAGCUCCGCUGAGAGUUCGUACUCCUCCUCGCCGACCGGCAGUCCCUCGAUGUCCAGCCUGCUGAGCAGUUCCCCGACCUCCGCCGCCUCCUCGCCGAACAGUAAUGGACGCCACCACCACAGCCACAAUCACCAUCACCAGCAGCAACAGCAACAGCCGCCACAGCAGCAGCAGCAGCAACAGCAGCCAGAACUGGCGAGCAGUGGAGAGCGUCCGCCCUUCCGGGCGCCCACCAAACAGGAGCUGGUCGAGUUCCGGAAACAGAUCGAGGCCGGGAACCUAGAUCGCGUGAAGAGGAUUGUGUGGGAGAACCCACGCUUCCUGAUCAGCAGCGGUGACACACCCACCAGCCUGAAGGAGGGCUGUCGCUACAAUGCGAUGCACAUCUGCGCCCAGGUGAACCAGGCCAGGGUGGCCGAGUUGCUGCUCAAGAUCAUCGCCGACCGGGAGUUCACCCAGCUGUAUGCCGGCAAGAAGGGCAGCGGCGAGAUGUGCGCCGCCCUGAACGACAACCUGUUGGACUACUACCUCAACAUGCCGGAUAAGGCGCGUGGCGAGACGCCGCUCCACUUUGCGGUGAAGAACGGUCAUGUGGCUGUAGUGGAGGUCCUCAUCGCCUAUCCCCAGUGCAAGUCCCUGGCUAAUCACGAGGGCAAGGAGCCCCGAGAUAUCAUCUGCCUGCGAGCCCCACAGGCUUCCAUCGAGGUCAUUAGGAAGCUGGAGCUGCUUAUGUACGAUCCCCACUAUGUACCCGUACUGAGAUCCGUGGCCAAUGAGCUGCCACCGCAAGUGGGACAGCCCUUUACCCCUAACGAACCGCCGAACUUGCAGUUCAAGACGGAGGAAUGUGAGGGCCUCAGCGUGGACCUGCAGAUCAGUGCCCUGGCCGGGCCCAUGCCUCGGGAGAAGGCCAUGAACUUCUAUCGUCGCUGGAAGACGCCGCCCCGUGUUGGGAGCAACGUGAUGUCGCCGCUGGCCAGUUCGCCCUUCAGCUCGCCGGUGAAGGUGACGCCCAGCAAAUCGAUCUUCAAUAGGAGCACCAACGGCGGCACUGGCGCUGUCAUGGCCAAUUCGACACCGGCGGGGCGUCGGGUUCUCUUCAGCCCAAUGGAGUCUUCGCCGAAGCAACUGCCGCCGCCUCAGGUUGCGCCGCCGCCAAACCUAAACAAUGGAAGCGAAUUCGAGAACAACAAUAACAACAUCAAGCGUGUCGGGUCCGUGGAGCUGCCCACCACACCGAUCCGUCAAAUGAGACCCGACCUGUUUAUGGCAUAUCGCGGCGCCAGCACCGAAUCCCCUGUCGCCGAGGACUCGGUGCUGUUGUCAUGCGACCAGAGCCUGAACAUCAGCAUGGGCAUGAAUGUGUCGGCGGUGUCCACGCUGAACGAGAGCUUCCGGGAGCGUCACAUCAAGAACUCGGACAUCGAGAAGGGCCUGGAGGUGGUCGGCCGUCAGCUGGCCCGCCAGGAGCAGCUAGAGUGGCGGGAGUUCUGGGACUUCCUUGACGCCUUCGUGGACAUCUCCACGCCCGACGGCCUGGCCCGCCUGGAGGCGUAUUUCGUUGAGAAGUCGGAGCUGGCCAGGGCCGAGAAGUCGGAUCAGGCCUGGAACUUUGCCCAAUUGCAUCAGUAUCUGGAUUUGGUGGCCACCGGCGAGCAGCAAGGCCUGAAGCAGUCGCGCCACGGCAAAUGGAGUGCAGCUGGCGGAGCGGGCGGUUCAGUUACGGGAGUGAUGACCCCGUACACCUGUGUGGAGAAGUCGUUGCAGGUGUUCGCCAAGCGAAUCACCAAGACCCUGAUCAACAACAUCGGCAACAUGGUCUCCAUCAAUGACACGCUGCUCUGCGAGCUCAAAAGACUGAAAUCGCUGAUCGUGAGCUUUAAGGACGACGCCCGCUUCAUGAGCGUGGACUUUGGCAAGGUGCACUCCCGCAUUGCUCACCUGGUGGCCAGCUAUCUGGCCCACUCGCAGGAGGUGAGCGUGGCCAUGCUCCUGCAGUUGCUCCAAAUGCUGCGCAAGUUGCGUCAACUGCUGCCUGAGGAGCGGGGCCGGGAGCAGCAUCUGGGCUGUGUCUGCGGCAGCCUGCUGCAGAUGCUGGAGACGGUGCCCAACAAUGCCGUUCAAUCGCCGGAGGCCCUGAAGACCGAGGAGCUGUGCUCCGCCGCCUGGGAAGCGCAGCCGAGCUGUGCCUGCCUCUGGGAUGCGAAUCUCAGCCGGAAGACAAGUCGCCGUAAGCGAAGCGAAUCGAUGCGCGCCGCCAAGGACUCGGCCGCCGCUGCUGCCAUGCGUGCAGGUUCGCCGCGGGUCGCCAUCGUGAUUCCCAAUCCCAAGCCAGCCAAUGCCUGGCGGCAAAUCAGCGACGAUGAUGAGGAUUUUAGCGAAGAAGAUAAUUGCUUUUAUGACUGCACGAACGUGUCACCGGAGCUGAGCAGCAGCGAUGACGAAGAUAAUUUCAGAACACCACCGGAGAGUUUGUCGCCGCGGCUUUCGGUGGAUCUGGAAACGGCCUAUGAACUCUUUAUAUUUGGAAAAGAGCCAACUAAGCGCGAUUUGGAUGUCCUGAAUGCCAUUUUCAAUGUCGACGUCGACAAGGAGACACUGCCGCACGUCUAUGCCUGGAAGACGGCAAUGGAAAGCUUCUCGGCGGCCGAAAUGGAUCUCUUCCCCUCGCCGAAGAACAUACGAAAGACCCACAAGCCAGUCUUUUGGUCAGCCGGGACACCCAACAAGGAGAACAACGGCUCUGUGAACCAUCACACCAGCCAGUCGAUGCAUCCAAAGCGUCUCUUUGGCACACCCAAACUAAGUGCUGCGGUAUCGACUGGACGACGUGGUUCCGGGCCGAGUACAACACCGAUGUCGCCGCCGAAACCGAUGCGACUGCCGCGCACUCCGGCCGCGCCCAUACCGCCGGCUAUCAGUGCCGGCCCAGCCACUGCCACAAACGGAGUGACCAGUUCACCGGCUCCCAACACCAGUACCAGUACCAGCACCAGCACCAGCACCGCAUUCUCUGCAUUGGCAGCGGCAGCCACUGUAACGCAGUCAUUCCAAACGCCGCUGAACAAGGUGCGCGGCCUGUUCAGCAAGUACCGGGAGCCACGGGUUGAGAUUGAUUCGCCCAUGGUCGGGAUGAACGGGUCUCCGGUUGGCUCCGGUGCUUCGGACGGGGACUGCUGAGCACAUACAUGGAGCUAGGGAUCCACUUAUACACUUAAACUCCAUAUAUAUAUUAAUGUACUUUUUUUUUUUGUCCGCCCUUUUCAUAGAGCAUUUUGUCGUUUAUUCCUUGAGUGCUUCGUCCUGACACGUCCUUAAAUGUUUUCCCCUCUUUUUUUCUGUGAAUGUCCUGCGAGUAUAGUAUAUAGUUUGAAGAUCGUGUUUGAAGUUUUUAUAUAUUUUUUUUAUAAACGCCACCAUUAUUUGGUUAUCAUCGUAA